UCACCAUUUCAUCAAUACAAGCUUAUAACUCUCCACUUACAUUUUGCAAUCAAACAGCUAAUCAGUCGAAAGAUGGAAGGCAAAACUUUGAUUCUAAGUGUGCUCAUAUUGAGUCUGUUCAUGGCACAAAUUCAAGUUGAUGCAAAGAGCUGCUGUCCCACAACCACUGCUAGGAAUAUCUAUAAUGUUUGCCGCUUGACGGGAUCUCCUAGGGAAAGAUGUGCAAGCCUCAGCGGCUGCAAAAUCGUUAGUGGUUCAUGUCCCAACGGAUACAACAAGGACAUUCUCGAGAACACAAAUGAUGCUGUGAGUGAAUACUGCAACGUUGGUUGUGUAUCUUCUGUGUGCGGUGCUUUAACCACUCUCCAGAACUCUGAUGCAAGUGAAAUCGUGAAUGGAGCGGUCAACAAAUGUGUCAGCGCAUGCUCUACCGUCUGCACCAAGAGCUCGAUGAAUGCAGUUGAAACUGCCUAGAAUACCAUACUCAUCCAUGAAUAUACCAUGUACAUCUCGGUGAAGGGGUGUUCAUCUUUCGCAGUGUUGUUUUCAUGUUUUCAAUAAUUGUCCUUUAUGUGACAAAAAUGUUAGGACUCUCGUUCUUGCGUUUUAAUUAUAAAGUUGUUUCAAGUUUGUGUAUGUGCGUAAAAGGUUGUCAAUCUCUAGAUUGUAUGUGCCUUUUAUUCUCUAUCUUUUAAAUAAAUAAUAUGUGUGUCUUCAUAAAUUUGA